AUGGUAGUGGGACGCGCGGGCGCGCGCGGCAAACCGACCGUGCGGCAGGAGCGGGCGCGGCCGCAGCAGCACGAGGACCGGCCCGGCUUCCAGUACGACCACGAGGCCUUCCUGGGCAAGGAGGAGGCGCGCACCUUCGACCAGCUGAGCGCCGAGGAGAGCCGGCAGCGCCUCGGGAAGAUCGUGGAUAGGAUAGAUGACAACAAAGAUGGCUAUCUCACAACAGAGGAAUUAAAAGACUGGAUUAAGCGAGUACAGAAACGCUACAUCUAUGAAAACGUGGCCAAAGUUUGGAAAGAUUAUGAUCUAAACAAGGACAAUAAAAUCGCCUGGGAGGAGUACAAGCAAGCCACAUAUGGCUAUUAUCUAGAAAAUCCAGAAGAAUUCCAAGAUGCAACUGAUCAGCACAGUUUUAAGAAAAUGCUGCCCAGAGAUGAAAGACGAUUUAAAACUGCAGAUCUGGAUGGAGACUUAGCUGCCACUCGCGAAGAAUUCACUGCCUUUCUUCACCCGGAGGAAUUUGAGCACAUGAAAGACAUUGUUGUCUCGGAAACCUUAGAAGACAUAGACAAAAAUGGGGAUGGUUUUGUGGAUCAAGACGAGUACAUUGCUGACAUGUUUGCAAAUGAAGAGGGUGGACCAGAGCCUGACUGGGUGAUUACAGAGCGUGAACAGUUUUCUGAUUUCCGUGACCUCAACAAGGAUGGGAAGAUGGACAAAGAGGAGAUUCGGCACUGGAUUCUCCCACAAGACUACGAUCAUGCACUAGCUGAAGCCAGGCACUUAGUCUAUGAAUCAGAUGUAGACAAGGAUCAAAAGUUAACAAAAGAGGAGGUUCUAGACAAYUGGAAUAUGUUUGUUGGCAGUCAAGCUACUAACUAUGGGGAGGACCUCACAAGAAACCAUGAUGAACUAUGAUGCAGCGCACAAAGCAAUUGCCAYAGACCUUGUGUCCUCGGAACGGAAGUCCCCAUGUCCAGCCCCUCCUUUGGGACACACAAGGGAUACCUUCACAACUGACUUGUAUCAAUCUAUUUUUUAACAUACCAGCUUAUUACCUCAGAAACUGCAUAGAAAUAGCCUUUUACUCUCUUCAUAUUGUUAAACACUAUAUUAUUGCUAUUAUCUUAUAUUUUUUACUUGGAGUGGGACAGGUAAUAUUCCUUAAUAGAUGAACGCCAGAAUUGGGAAAUGCACUUCUAAAAUGUAAUCCGGUGACCUUUAGUAGUGAAACAUUUUCKUAAAUACCCAUUUUAACAGAGUGAAAUACAGCUAGAAUGAGAAAGAAGCUUCCUCUUUAAAUAGGCUGCUUACUCCUCUUUCUUUAACAUCAUAUAAUAAGAAUUAUAGUUUCACCCCCUUUAUAAAGACUUGCUACAACAAGAUCCAGAGCCUUUUUCUCCACAUGGCAUUUUUGUGUCUCUGGGCCGGAGGUGCUGGAGGGGGGGCUGAAGCAGCCCUGUGCUUCCCAGCUGGAAGUGCACCACGAGCCCCCGCGAUGCAGGGACUGUCCGUGCCAGCACCCCAGGGAGCAGCACGGAGCUCCCGGUGCCAGCGGCUCCUUCCAACAACAGGGCAACACGCACUUGGUUGGGGGCUGUCGUUACGCCGUUUCCGGCGAGGAAUUAUGCCGCAUGGAGCAUGAUUUACCUCACGCUUUUUGCACUUUACCCAAACCCGGCUCUUACUCACGUARUGUGAAUGGCAGCAGUUCUGUGAUGGAGAAAGAACGAGACAUAUCAGCCCUCAGCCCUCUGGGCCCUCUGCCUUCCACGCCGCAUAAGGGGACAGAUCAUGUGGCUGAAGUUCUGGUUUUGUAUGUAUAUAAGUGCGUGUUAUUGAAGCAACUG